AUGGGUUUGAGAGUGUAUCAGAGUCCCAAGCGAAUGCAAAGUUCCUUGUUCAGAGCCCCUCGUUCUGUGUGUCAUCCCUGUAAGCCCCCUUCUGUGUUUCCCUCGUCGUCUUUGAGACAUCUCAAUGAUAGCAACGUUGCUCUCUCUUUCCGCUUGGUUCAUCGAUUCGCGUUUCGGGGAUCAAAGGUUUUGAGACUUGAAAGAGUGAGACGGACUUGCAAUGCCGAUUCUGGGGAAUGGUUCGAUGAAGAAAUGAUGAUGAAUCUCGUUAGGCAAGCUGCGAAGGAAUUUGACAUCCCAUACGAAGAAGAUGAAGAUGACAAAAGAGCUGUAGAACUGAUUCACAAAAUCUCAGAGAAAAUCCAAAAUACAGAGCAGCUAAGUAGCUCAGAAAAGAGUUCUUUGGAGCAAAUUUGGACCACGAAGCAUGAUGUUUUGGAGCCUUCUGAGUUGGGAAUUGAGCCAGAGCCAUCGAGCUGGCCGGAGAGCGCGAAAAUGCCAAGAGCGUACUUUGAAAGGAAAGUGAACUAUUUGGGAAUCCCUUUCUCGAUUCGGAUGAUUCAGAAGAAGCUGCAAUGGCAGAAGAAUCUCACAGAGGCGAAGGAAUGUACUUACUGUUCUGUGAAGAAGACAUUCUCGUCCGUGGUUUUCAUAAUCCAUGAGCUUCAAAAUUAUGCCCUGAAAAUAAGGGAAAACCUGUACUGUGAGGACUUGCAGGAUCUGGUGAGAAAAAUCCAAAGUGAUGUCGAUGCUUCAUUUGUAUGGCUCUUCCAGAAGAUUUUGUGGAAGACUCCAAGUCUUAUGGUCUAUACCAUGGUCCUCCUAGCAAACUUCUCUGUACUCUCCAUGAAUAACAACACUGCUCUUGCAGCCACUCCUUUGAUUACACGAGUACAGAUGUUGACCGACAGGAAGGGUGAAGGAGGUUCAGAAGUUGAUGUUGAUGCUGUUUCUGAAAAGAUUCUAUGGAAUUCGAUGCUGGAGGAAGCUCGUAGAUUGCAAGAGUUAAGGAGUGAGACGUUGGACAAUGAGACAAUGAAAAUGUUUGUAGCUCCAGUGUCUGUGGAGCUUGAAGGAGAUGCAUAUGAGGAAUACGAAAGAACUGAGCUCUACUACAAAGAGCACAUAAAUCAGGCACCUCGUAGCUCUCUUCUGCUUUCUAACUAUGCACAGUUCCUCUACCUUGUUUAUCAUGACGUUGACAGGGCAGAAGAAUACUUCAGGCGUGCGGUGAUGGUCAAGCCACAAGAUGCAGAGGCAUUGAGUAGAUAUGCCGACUUCUUGUGGCUGGUAAGAAAGGAUCUAAAGGAAGCAGAAGUGAGAUACCUGCAAGCAAUGCAGGUUGAUCCUGACAGCACUCAUUACAAGUCCAAGUUUGCCACUUUUAUUUGGAGCAUCAGUGACCAAGGAACUUGUUCUCCUUCCUCAGUAAACUCCGACAGCCUCGAUCCAGUCCCAUGAUCUAUCUCAGAUGCGAGAUGCUGUCUUGACUUUGACAUGACAUCAUCCAACGUUUAUACCAACACCCCAAAUCGAUUUCAUUGAUAUGAGUGAAUGUCAAUAAAUACGACAUCACGUACAUACAAUAAAUCACUUAGAUCAGCUCUCUGCCUCUAUUCCCAGAAUAUAAAUCUCACCCGCAAUAAUAUUUUCAAGUCUUCUGUUGAAUAAGUUUAGAUGCUACUAAA